AUGGCCGCUCCACCCGCUAGAGCUCGAGCCGAUUACGAUUAUCUUAUUAAACUCCUGUUGAUCGGCGAUAGCGGUGUGGGUAAGAGUUGCCUUCUUUUACGUUUCUCUGAUGGUUCUUUCACCACCAGUUUCAUUACCACCAUCGGCAUUGAUUUCAAGAUAAGGACCAUAGAGCUGGAUGGUAAACGGAUCAAACUGCAAAUUUGGGAUACUGCUGGGCAAGAGCGAUUCAGAACUAUCACGACUGCUUACUACCGUGGAGCAAUGGGUAUAUUGCUGGUGUAUGAUGUGACUGAUGAGUCAUCUUUUAACAACAUCAGGAAUUGGAUUCGAAACAUUGAGCAGCAUGCCUCUGACAAUGUCAACAAGAUAUUGGUGGGUAACAAGGCUGAUAUGGAUGAAAGCAGGAGGGCCGUUCCGACAUCCAGGGGUCAAGCACUUGCUGAUGAAUAUGGAAUUAAAUUCUUUGAGACUAGUGCAAAGACAAAUAUGAAUGUGGAGGAGGUUUUCUUCUCAAUAGGCAGGGAUAUAAAGCAAAGACUUUCCGAGACGGACUCAAGACCUGAGGCUCCAUCCAUUAGGAUUACCCAAGCGGACCAAACUGCAGGGGGUGCUCAAGCAGCACAAAAAUCGGCUUGCUGUGGUUCUUGA